GGUUAAGCCCUUAACUGUAACUGUGUUAGCCGUCAACGAUAUUUCGGGUAACCUUGAGUGACCUUACCUUAAGAGAGUCAAUAUUUAUUUUCACUUUGCAAGAGAAUAAGAAUUGCUGCGAUUCAGUUGUGUGACAAGAGGCGAAAAGGACAUGCAGAUUAAAUAACCACGCUUCAUUGAGUUCUCGACAUCACAAAAAUGGCGCCGUCUCCCUUGACUGCAAUAUACGAUUUUCUCAGCCUUGGUAACGUCUUUCUACUGUUUAUUUCGCUUUUAAUGUUACAUUACGUUAUGGUUUUGUUCGAAUUCAGGAACAUGCCUCCAGGUCCUCGCUUCACGACUAUCCCAGUCCUUGGAAACUUGUUGUCGCUUGACCCCUCGGCCGAGACAUUGUCAAACAUCUUUAAAAGGUAAGUUAUUUUUGCUGUAUGGCUUCGGGAAUCAAUCGGUUUUAACCCACAUGAUCUACAGGCAGAUGUCCAACGAGUAACAGGCGUAGAAGUCAGUUCUGGCUAACCUCUCAUAAAGAAGAAUGCAUGAUACCAAACUGGAGCAAUUUUAAUGCAACGAUACUCGUGGGCAACUCGAAAAUUCUAACAUUUAUGACCGCUUUUAGUUUUUUUUGGUGGCAUAAGCCUUUGCAGAGUCCAGAACGAAUCAAUCCUUACUUGUGGACUCACAUUUAGUGCUACUGGGAGACAUGAUAAUCGAAUUGCUCGAACGACCUAAGCAAAAAGGUGAAGAUGAGAAAUGCAUCUUAUACAUACUAAUCAGUAUUUCCAAUGAUGUUACGCAGCGUAAAUCAUUGUUUAGUAUGUGAACAUUUAAGGUUCCUAGCUUCAAAGCUAACCUGUUGAUUCUGAAUUAGCUUAAUCCUACUUCCCUUAAAAAAGAUAUUCCAAUCAAACAAUUACACCAUCUCAGACUCAGACCUGUGUCGACUUGUAUUACAACCAAAACCAUUUGACACCCAAAUAAAAACUUAUCGGCCCUAACGGCUUCUUUGUUGAAUUUUUAGCCUCACUAAAAACUAUGGCCCGAUAUUCUCCUUGAAAAUGGGCAGUUACAAGUUUGUUAUGGCGUCCUCUCGCGAAGCUGUUCAUGAAAUGUUAGUAAAAAAAUCUGCUGAUUACGCAGGAAGACCGCAAACCUAUGCCUUCUAUACACAAACCUUAGGUAAGUUAGUAGGCAGUAAAGUUAGCGAUAUUUUCAUUAGUGCGCAAAUGGUGUAUUUUUGCAGCUUGUUUGAUCACGUCACCCAAGAAGCUCUCCCGGAGAGAACACAUUGCGUGACGAGAAGUAACAAAGCGUGACGAGACGUGUCGAGACAUGUCGAGACGUGCCGAGAUCUUACAUCUUACAUGCGUACAAGUACUAGCCAUCCUUUAGGUCUGAUUGCCAUCGUCAAUCAAGAGCCACCAGCAUAACGGCAAUGUCUCUCGUCUUCGGCUGUUAUUAUCUAUCUGGCCCACAUUUUAUGUUGGUCGGGCAAUUUGAGUCAAUAAUGGUAUAUCCCGUCUAUUGAGACUACAAAGAAAGACUGUAGGGAGAGACGAGGAGGCGGGUUAGUCAAUGGCUGGUAUUCGAGUGAGACCUUAUAUGCACGAGGAUUACUCCUGGAUGAAAAGACUUGCCUGCAGAGAAUGCAGGGAUAGGCAUCCGGGAGAGGGGCAGCGUGUUCCUUCCUUUUUCUUUUGUCUGUGAUGGUUGUAAUUAACUAACUGUUCUUCAAGAGAUAAUGUUGAUGUCACAGCUUUUUUAAGUUGGCCUCGAAAUGUCUUUGUAUCUUUCGAGUGGCCGUUCACGGGUACUUGUCCCAAAGUGGGAGAUAUUCAAUUGCAACAUUGAUAGGCUUGGUCAGCAUUAGAUUCCAUCCACCAAAACCACCUUGGUCGAGAGGGACUGAGAUGGAAUGAUGGACAACUCAUGACUUGUUAUACUAAAUGAAAAUUACGAAGCUACGACAACAUGCCGACUUAUCCCGAUGACCUAAGUGUAUCAUUUGUUUGGGAAAUUGCGUCAAAACUUUUUACUCAAGAAAUGGUAAGUAUUAAUUUAUUGUUCGAUUGUAGUAUUAUAAAACAUUUUACGCAAUUUUACGCAGAUAUUUCACGUAUUUAAAAGGUGCCCAGAUGUUACGUAGUUUUGGUGAAUGUCAUUAGGGAACAUCCACCAAAACUUUGACCAAAACCAUCAACAAUAUAUUUUUUAAAUUUUAUCUAUAGUCACUGUUAGAUGUUAAGGGAGACAAGAUUUAUGCCACUAAUUAGCAGUUAGUGCUCUGGCUAAUUAUUUUUUAUGGUGCACAAUUGCUGACCGAUCAAACGUUCAUAAUGAUUAUCAUAACUUUUAACACAUAGAAUAAAGUGGUUUUGGUGGAUGUUUCUCUCCAUCCACCAAAACCACCAUAGCAAUUUCUGCUACUUCCUUACAGAAGACUGAUGUGACCUGCUAUUUGGAGUACAUAACCAAAUCUAUUUCUUUGUAUGUAGAGAUAUUUUGCAAAGUUCUUGAGUCAGCACCUUUUAUUAUUGAAACCAUAAUCAUAACAUGGUGCACAAUAUAGAAUACAGAAGGUUCUGGUGUGGUAAUCAUGUAAUCUUGAAACAGGAGAGUUUUUAACUGACUUAAACUGAUGUAAACAGACGUUUGCAACAAAAUUCCAGGUCCAGAAAUUUCUUCCACUAUUUCCGCUAAAAUCAUAACCUUUAAGUACAACAAAUCAGCACAUUAGUAAUUGUUAUCAGGGGUCUGAAAAUCCUAUAAAUCUUUCACAUUUAUUUCAAGUAACCUUUAAUUUCACAUGGAUGAAUAAGUAUAUGCUCAAGAUGCAGAAUGUCUUACAUUUUACAAACUAUUUCCCUUUUUAUGGAUAGACAGUGAAAGGCCUUUGCCACAUUGGUGAAUCAAACCAUUGUAUACCAUGCAUUUUGUGAUAAUUGUUUGUUUUUGCUCACAAUAUCCAGAAAAAUGGAGGGGAUAAAUUUAAAUAGCAAAUUCUAUUAAUGGUUAAAAUUAAAUAACAUUGGAAGAUCAAAUUAACUUUGUACUGUUUAAAAUUCAGUUUUGGUUUCUUGCUUAUUCCAGCCUCUUAAUACUCAAAAGCAUUCCUUGUCAUUUUUGUGUUCUUCUGUGUACAUAACGUGAAAAAUAAACACAGCGAAAGGAAACCACAAAGGAUUAAACUUGAAGCUAAAGCAAAGUUUAAGUUGAGCCAUAGCUGAUCCAAAUACUGAGCACUUUGUAUUGUAACUCAUUUAGCAGUAAAGUUUAUCUAUAUGUCUGCCAGCUUGUCACAAGUUUUACCGCUCUCCUUCAAAAUUCUCUAUAAAUAAAUUUUUCUUUGUGGUCCCUAAUUGAUGAUAAGUAUAUUACAGCUCCUCAAUUUUCCUCUCUCAAGACAAGGUUACUCUAAAUUUAACAAAGUAAUGGCCUUGAUAAAACUCAAACUAAAACUCAGCUGGCUGCUACUUGCAACCUUAAUUUCUAGAUAUCAGUAUACAAUAAUCAAUAUGUUAUAAAUAAGAACCCUAAUGCUUAAUUUUGCAGUGAUCACCUUCCUCCUUUUCAUUUGUAGACCAGACUGGAACCUCUAUAGGUGUGUUUGCUUGUUUUGAGUGGGGAUGGAAGAAAAGGAGUCAUGCCGCAUAUCUGAUUUAUUAAAUCACAUUUGUUCUGUUUAUAAAUGAGUAGAACUACCUUGUUCUCUGAAAAAAAUAAAAUUUCUCGCAUUUUUAUCUGUGCUUUGCAGUCAAACUUCCUUGUGUCUUGGACAAGAAAUCUUAUUUUCUUGAAAACAAAAUCUUUGUUUCCAGCCUUCUGUAAUAGGUAAAUAUAACAGUGUAAGAUGAGUGACAGUGUAUUUCUCAAGUUAUUUUUUGGAAUGUGACAAAACAGAAGUGUCAUAGCGUGAUAAGGAGCAAACAUAUGAUUGCUUGAUAGAAAGCAAAAAAUGCAGAAUUGCAUAUAUUUUCUCCUUUGUCAGCAGCAUAUGUUAGUGAAAAGUUCUUAUAAUUGUUAACUUCUAAACCAUCUUCAAUUUAGCCAAGAUUGAACUGUUAUCACGUUUGUCAUAAAAGUAUUCUGAGAUCAAUGUCAUAUGACCCAUUCAAGUAUUUGACCUUUCGAAUUAGCAAGCCAUAGUUGACAGAAACACAAAGGUUGAGGAUAAAAAGAAAUUAUUAUAUACAGUACUUCUUCUGCAUCUUUUCGUUUCCUUUUCUCUCCAGCUGUUCUAUCUAUGCCGUGCUGGCAAUUGAACACUUUCCUUCCUAAAAUUUGAAAGGCACACCAGUAAAAAACGAAUUUUUGCUCCUUAAAUAUCUCAUGCAUCUUCCCCCAGUAUUUUGUGACUUCUGUCCGAGGAAGGAGGUGUAAGCAUUAAAUUAACCCGAAUGAUUCCACAAUUGUGGUAUCAUCCAAGCCAUGCCAGAGGACUCGAACUAGAUAAACUAGUGAGAAUGCACAAUAGCGAUAGCAAAGCUUUGUAAUGCUAAAGAGCUAUAUCAAUAUAUAUAUAUGUGUGUUCCCGAAACCUUUGACAGCUUUAAAGAAAGAAAACUUCGUCGUCAAUCCUGUUUCAAAUUCCGCAAUAAGUUUAUGCGCCUCAUCAACAGAAUUUACGUAUCCGAAAUUAUCUGCAUGUCUACCAUCAAUGGUUCGCGACUUAAAAUUCUCGCUAUGCUGUUUCUGUUUGUUCCUUAAGAAUCAUGGGAUUUACAGCUUUUGAUGUUCGGCUACAUCACUCGCGGAUUUCCGAGAAUCUUCGGCUAUGAUUUGCAAGUUAUUAAAUAUUCCAUCUCAGUCCCUCUCGACCGAGGUGGUUUUGGUGGAUGGAAUCUAAUGCUGACCGGAUAGGCCUUGGCUUAGUAACCAUGCAGUCAUGGGAAUCUCACAGAGACACAGCAUAGAAACAUACGUUUGGCAGAAUUGUGGAAUGUAGCUGUGAUUACUCUUGUAUUAUGUUAUCCUAACAACUGGGUUUCAUUUGAAUUGUAGGAGGCAAAGAUAUCAUAAUGGGUAACUAUGGCCCACAAUGGAAAAAGCAGCGGAAGCUCUUCACUGCAGCUUUACGACAGUAUCUUCUUGAUGUCCCGCUCAUAGAAAGGCGAGUCGCAACACAGGCUGAGAAACUUGUGCAGUUCAUGGAGGAACAAAAUGGAAAGCCUUUUAAUCCCUCAGAUUGUCUGAUGCGAAGCGUGGCUAAUGUUAUAUGCGGUAUAACGUUCGGUGAGGGUGAAGACACGACCAAUCCAGAAUUGGACCGACUUUUGAAAUUGAAUGCGGAUUUUAUAGCUAACGAUGAGGAUCUCAGAUUAGCCACAAUCUUGGAAUUCUUCUCAUGGGCACGCUAUUUUCCACUUAAGGUUUAUUACCGUGUUCUGCAGCCCUUGUUUGAGAUACACGAUAUCAUCCGUAAGAUCUUUAGAUUGCGCGCAAAAGAAUUUGAUCCAACAGAACCUGUAGAAAAUUUGAUUUCAGGUCUUCUCCGUGCCAAGUACGAAACCGAAAAUGAACCAGACGACGAGAUGAGAGACGUUCAGCUGUCUGAAGACCAUUUUGUCAUCACUAUCGAAGACAUGUUUGUUGGCGGCUACGAAACCACAAGCACCACACUAAAAUGGGUUAUUGCCCUCUUGGUCAGAUAUCCGGAGCAUCAAAAGGACAUUCAGCGCCAGUUGGAUGAGGUAAUUGGUGCGGAAAAGAGCCCUUCCUUACACGAUCGCUCCAGUCUGCCGCUCGUGCUGGCCACAGUCAUGGAAACCCUAAGGAUUGGAAACUUAUUACCCAUUGCACUACCUCAUGUGACUCUUACCGACACCACAUUGUGUGGAUACCGUGUACCGAAGGACACCAUCGUCUUUGCCAACACGGAGUCUAUUCAUCUGGAUCCAAAAUUUUGGGAAGACCCCACCGUGUUCAAUCCUUACCGUCACCUGGACAAAGAUGGCAAGUUGAUCACUAAUCAAGGCAACUUCUAUCCUUUCGGAGCCGGCCGCCGUGUCUGUGCAGGUGAAGCCCUGGCCAAAGUUGAGCUGUUCAUGUUUGUCUCGUGGAUGCUCCAAAAGUUUACUUUUAUAGCUGAUGAGGGACAUCCUGUGAACACGAAGGGAGCUUUUGUUCAAUUUCCCUCUGCUUACAAGAUACGUGCCAUUAAGCGACAAUGA